UGAACAACAAAGCAUACACAAAAAUGAAACGUUUUAGCUCUUACUUUUGCGUAGUUUUUGCCAUUUCUCUUUUAUUUUUACUUACACCUUCUUCAGCAGAUUCUCAUGAAAAAUUUGUUCAAUGUCUUUACGAUUAUCCCGAAAACAACUCAAUCUCAAGUGUUGUUUACACCCAAACCAAUUCAUCAUAUUCCUCUGUCCUAGAUGUUUCCAUUCAAAAUCUUAGGUUCUUCAACGUAAGUUCAAAACCCGUGGUCAUCGUGACUCCACUCGUUGUUUCCCACGUUCAAGCCACCAUAAUCUGUGCCCGAAGACAUGGCUUGCAGAUUCGAACCCGAAGUGGAGGCCAUGAUUACGAGGGUCUCUCGUACGUUGCUGGAGUUCCAUUUGUCGUCGUUGAUCUCAUAAAGAUUCGAGAAAUCGAAGUUGACGUAGAAAACAACACUGCAUGGGUUCAAGCUGGGGCAACCAUCGGUGAACUUUACUACACGAUUAGUCAGAAAAGCAGAACACUAGGGUUCCCAGCAGGUGUGUGCCCCACUGUGGGCGUUGGUGGCCACUUUAGCGGUGGUGGCUAUGGAUUCUUGAUGCGUAAGUACGGUCUUGCUGCUGAUAAUGUUACUGAUGUUCACAUAGUUGACGUCCAUGGUAAUCUCCUUAAUAGAACAACAAUGGGAGAUGAUCUAUUUUGGGCCAUUAGAGGUGGUGGUGGGGCAAGCUUUGGAAUCGUGGUGGCUUGGAAGAUAAAUCUUGUUUCAGUUCCAUCAACUGUGACAGUAUUCCGAGUUCCAAGGACGUUGGAAGAAAAUGCAACGGGGAUUAUUCAUAAGUGGCAGCGUGUGGCAAACAAACUUAACGACAGCCUAACGAUUAGGAUCAACAUGGCAAGGGUAAAUUCAAGUCAAAGUGGGAAUCUAACAGUACAAGCGCAGUUUGAAUCUUUGUAUCUAGGACGUGCAGAUGACCUCAUUCCCUAUUUGCAAAAGAACUUUCCGGAGUUGGGUUUGGUGAGAGAAGACUGCACUGAGAUGAGUUGGAUAGAAUCGAUUCUCUUCAUGGCUGGAUUUACAAACGGUCAAUCCACUGAUGUUUUGCUGAACAGAACUCAGCUAAACGGUUUGUCGUUCUUUAAAGCAAAAUCAGAUUAUGUGACAGAUCCCAUUCCUGAUGUUGGGUUAGAAGGGUUAUGGCCUUUCUUUUUUGAUGAUGAGGCUGAAAAUGCUUUCGUUCAAUUCACUCCUUAUGGAGGCAAGAUGGAUGAGAUUUCAAAAUCCGAAACUCCAUUCCCACACAGAGCUGGCAACAUAUUCCACAUUCAAUACUUUGUGUCUUGGUUUGAGAAAGGGGAUGUGGCAGCACAGAGGCACGUCAACUGGAUUAGAAGAUUGUAUAAUUAUACGGAAGCUUAUGUUUCAAAGAAUCCUAGAUCUGCAUAUCUAAACUAUAGAGACCUUGACAUUGGAGUUAAUAACAAUGGUCACACAAGCUUCCGCCAAGCAAGCAUUUGGGGCUUCAAGUAUUUUAGUAACAACUUUAUUAGAUUGGCUCGCGUGAAGACAAGGGUUGACCCUCGAAACUUCUUCAGAAACGAACAAAGUGUACCUCCUCUUGUCAGGAAUGGACGCAAAUAGAUUUUCUUGGGUGCAGUACAUGUCAUUAUAAAAUAAGCUGCUGUCAUUUUACUUUUACGUUUAUAAAUUGCAGCAUUCAUCGAUAUUCCUUAGUAUGAUGUACAAUAUUGAUUUGUAGUAUGUUGACUGGUCACACUUAUCACUUUUUUUCACUAGUUUCUAGGUUCAUCUCAGAUUGAAAACUAUGAAUAAUUAUAGUCUAUUAACGGUAAUAAUGAAUGGAAACAUACAUCAUACCGACUUAA